CACGCGUGUGGGGGACACCCCCCCACACACCCACUCCAGCAGGGCUUGUCAAUGGGGGCGCUGACCACGCCCCUUUGCCGGAAACCACGCCCACCGCCAGCCGUUGCUCGCGGUCCUCCGGCGGGAGCGUCCGCUAGGGGGCGCCUUCAGCCGCUGCCGCUCUGCCCCGCGCUCGUUUGCUCCGCCGGCGUCAUUUCCGGGCGGCGCUGAGGCGAGCGGUACGGUGAGAGCAGCACCAUGUCGUCGGACUCCAGCAAGAAGAGGAAACCCAAAGUGAUCCGCACGGAUGGGGGCCCGCAGGAGGGCAAGCGGGGCAAGGCUGAUGCCGACCAGGAUGUUAGGUACUACAGCGAGGAGUGUGAGGUGGAUCUCCGUGACCCUAUCAAAGACUACGAACUCUACAGAGAGACUUGCCAGGAGCUUCAGAGACUGAUGGCAGAAAUCCAGGAGCUGAAGAGCAGAGGCAUCAAGGACAACGCUUCAGAGAUAGACGAGCGGCGGAUUCAGAGCUGCGUGCACUUCAUGACCCUAAAGAAGCUCAACCGGCUGGCUCAUAUUCGGCUGAAAAAAGGGAGAGAUCAAACCCAUGAGGCAAAGCAGAAGGUCGAUGCAUAUCACCUGCAGCUCCAGAACUUGCUCUAUGAGGUGAUGCACCUGCAGAAAGAGAUCACCAAAUGCCUGGAGUUCAAGUCAAAACAUGAGGAGAUUGAACUGGUGAGCCUGGAGGAGUUUUACAAAGAGGCCCCCCCUGAAAUCAGCCGGCCUGCCAUCACCCUGUCUGAGCCCCACCAGCAGACCCUGGCCCGCCUGGACUGGGAGCUGGAGCAGCGCAAGAGGCUGGCAGAGAAGUACAAGGAGUGCCUGACCAGCAAGGAGAAGAUCCUGAAGGAGAUCGAGGUGAAGAAGGAGUAUCUGAGCAGCCUCCAGCCUCGACUCAACAGCAUCAUGCAGGCCUCCCUGCCUGUCCAGGAGUAUCUCUUCAUGCCUUUCGACCAGGCGCACAAACAGUACGAGACGGCCCGCCACCUCCCGCCACCUCUCUACGUUCUCUUCGUUCAAGCCAGUGCCUACGGUCAGGCCUGUGAUAAGAAGCUUGUGGUGGCCAUUGAAGGGAGUGUAGAGGAAGCCAAAGCCCUGUACAAGCCGCCUGAGGACUCGCAGGAUGAUGAAAGUGAUUCUGAUGCAGAGGAGGAGCAAACCACGAAGCGGCGCAGGCCCACCCUGGGCGUGCAGCUGGAUGACAAGCGCAAGGAGAUGCUCAAGCGGCACCCCUUGUCUGUCACUGUUGACCUGAAGUGCAAAGAUGAGAACGUGCUUCACCUGACCUUCUACUACCUGAUGAACCUCAACGUCAUGACGGUGAAAGCCAAGGUGACCACUGCUGUCGAGAUGACAACUGCCAUCAGUGCUGGUGACCUGCUCUCCCCAGACUCCCUCCUCAACUGCCUCUAUCCAGGAGACCACGGGAGGAAAACGCCCAACCCGGCCAACCAGUUCCAGUUCGAUAAAGUGGGCAUCCUGACCUUGAGCGAUUACGUGACAGAGCUGGGGCACCCCUAUGUGUGGGUGCAGAAGCUGGGCGGCCUGCAUUUCCCCAAGGAUCAGCCUCAGCACACGGUCACUGCGGACAACUCGCUGAGUGCCAGCCACAUGGAGCUGACUGUGAAGCUGCUGCGGACGAGGCUGCAGUCCCGCCUGGCUCUCCACAAGCAGUUUGCGUCGCUCGAGCACGGCGUUGUGCCAGUCUCCAGUGAGUGCCAGCAUCUCUUCCCUACCAAGAUCGUCUCGCGCCUGGUGAAGUGGACUGCCAUUCCCUAUGAAGAUUACGCGGAGCUGCCCUACACUAAAGAUGUGAUAGAGGCUGGCUUGGCUGAAGACACUCACCUCUACUACAUGGCCCUGAUAGAAAGAGGAACAGCCAAGCUCCAGGCAGCUGUAGUCCUGAACCCCGGUUACUCCACGCUGCCGCCUGUCUUCAGCCUGUGCCUGAACUGGAAAGGAGAGCGAACCAGCAGCAACGAUGACAACAUUCGAGCCAUGGAGAGCGAGGUCAAUGUGAACUACAAGGAGCUGUGGGGGCCCAAACCGGGCUACCAGCUCCUCACCAACCAGCUGCAGCGCCUGUGCAUGGUGCUGGAUGUCUACCUGGAGACGGAGCCCCAUGACACCAGCGUGGAGGGACCCAAGGAGUUUCCCCAGGAGAAGAUGUGUCUGCGUCUGGUCAGGGGGCCCAUGCGCCUGAAGCCCUUCAAGUUCAACUACCCUCAGGGCUUCUUCAGUCAUCGCUGAACACCGCCUGGGCAUCGCUCUGGGCUGGGCCUUGCCCUGUCCGCAGGGAGAAGUGUCCCCAUCCCACCAUUUUAGUUUAUUUUCCAAGGUUUUGGCUUUUGUUUGAAGGUUUUGUAGACAAAGGGAUUAAAUGCUGAACUGAA